GAGUCCGAGGAUCCACCGGCUGCGGUCAAGUGGAGCUUCGAAGAUUACGGCCCCGAGACCCACGCGCUGGUCACCCAGUUCAAUGGCAGGGAGACGGCGACCGGAUCCUGCUUGGCGUUCGCACCCAGAAACAAGACCGGCAGCAACAACCAGGCGACCCAGGCGGAUUGGCAAGCAGGGACCAAGGACGACUUUAUAAAGCUGGAGCCCUGGGCAGUGCCUUGCGGCAACCAGUGGAUGAAGGACCAUUGGGACAAGUGGCAGGGGUAUUCCUUUUACUCGGUGGAUUUCUCGAUUGAGAAAUGCCUGACAGUGACUUUCCAGUUGAACAUGCAGCCUGUGGUCGCCUUCGUGGGUGGCAUCCAAUUCGACUUGCUGCCCGGGCCGUUGGCCGAAAUCGACACACAA